UCCUUAAGUGCUCCUGGUCUAAGGACUGCUCUCUCUCUGGCUGGCAGAGCCUUCAAACACAGCUAAUGCUAUUUAAAUAUCAAUGGUCCAAAGUAAACCAUGGAACCGGUUGGAAGUAACUAAAGCUUCGCGUUAGAACAAUGGGGCAUUGAACUGGCAGUGCUCGUUCACGGGACACUCGUCUGAUGCAAGCCCUUCAGCUUUUGGAUCAGCUGAUCACUUGCUGAGCUUUUCAGAGCGCUUCCUUGUUUGCUGCUGAUGCAAAGCCUUUAUUCUGGUGACGUACUAUAUUAAGUGCAGCUUUCACGUGAUUUAAAAUCUGUCCAAAGUGAAUUGAUUCAAGGGUCUGACACUCAACGUUGCUAGUGUAGAGAAAAGGAGGGACCCUUUGACGUGGAUAUUAAACUGUAAUGAGAUGGUGUGACUUGUUUCUCAUUCUGACGCUGCUUUGUCUCUUUAUUCAGUUGCUGACCUGGACGCUGGUCUGGAGCACGAUCAGCGGCUUUUCCAGCAGGUUGUGACUCAGCAGAUGGAGUGUCGCCUCACUGAGGCCAAGGCUUCCAUCCUCAACUGCCAGGUGCUGCUGCUGCCUCGCCACAUGACCACCAGGAUUAGUCAGGAUGUGGUGUGUGCCUCUGCUGAUGAGCCCUGUGGGCUCCGGGGGGCCUCCAUCAAGCUCUACAUCGAUGGCAAAGACGGCCUGAAGUACAUUGGGAGCAUCUUCCCCGAUUCCAGCGUCACGCCGACUUUCGAGCUGUCUGUGGUCUUCAAGGCAGAAAGUGACGGCUGGCCGUCAUUCAAGAACAUCUUCGAUGCCAACAAAGUUUUGAAGCUGAGACCAGAGUACCGGCUGGUCAAGAGGAAGCUCUACUCCUCUGCCAGUCCUGUUGUUCACGACUUCAACUAGGGGUUAAGAUGAGACUCUAAAACAUUACCCGUGUGUGGUUUUAACCAUCAGCUACAUGUAGUCUGCCAUGCACUGGAACCUGAUUGCCUUCCUGUAGUUUUUAAAGUGAGUUAUUUAUUUUUCUGUAUGAAACUCUGACAGGAGGCCCACUGUUUUUGUUUUUCUUUAUUUUUUCCCUUUCCUCUAUUCUGUAGUUGGUGACAGUAUUUUUGCACCAGUAUUUGAAUGUAAAGAUGUGUACACUGGAAAUGUGUCAGUACCAGGAUUGGGCAGGUCUCAUUCCUGAAAGAUGCCUCUUAAUAUACAGAAUGCAAAAUAAACUUUUUGCACAACUUCA